AUGGUAGUCCAUUUUUUACCGAAUCCACAAAAUCCAUUUGAUUGGUUAUUGAUGUAUACCACACUCAGUGACAAAGUCAAAAUAAAUAAAUUGAUGUCGAUCAAGGUAUUGAAUUUGCGUGCAUUAUGUUCAACGGUUGUUACCAGAGGUUUAACCACUAAGCAGUCUGAUUUCGAUUUGGGAAUGAAAAUGAAAUAUCAUAAUGAUAGUAAACGGUUCGACAAGACACUUCAGCUAUUUGAUGUACACAUGAAAAAGAAUCUGAAAACUACUUCAACAAUAAUCAUUACACAAGCUUUGAAAGCGUGUACUCAUCUCGAAGAUCUUCAACGUGGCCAAUCCAUUCAUCAGUAUAUUUCGCCAUCGAUUAAAUACGAUUCUUACGUAUCCACAGCAUUCAUUCAUUUAUACAUGCAAUGUGGAGAUGUAUCACGUGCGGAAUCAUUAUUUGAAAGUAUUCCGAAGAAAUCUUUGUCAGUUUAUGGUGCGAUGAUUAAAGGCUAUAUUAAAAACCAUCAAGCAAAUAAGGCACUUGAACUAUUCCGCGAAAUAAAGAAUCCGAAUGAGAUCAUUCUCAAUCUCUUGUUCAAUGCUUGUGCUGAAGUACGAAGUCCUGAAGCGUUGAAUCUUGCCAAACAAUCAUAUGAAACAAUGCCCAAAUCAUUUCAGUCAAACCAUUAUCUCUUAACUUCUCUAAUUGACGCAGCAAUGAAAUGUGGAGACAUUCAUUAUGCUCAAUCAUUGUUUGAUGGAUCGCCGAAGAAAGUUUUGCCAAUGUACGGAGCCAUGAUGAAAGAAAACAACGAGUUAAACAAAGUCGUUGAGUUUUUCAAGCAAAUAAAAAAUCCAAGCGAAGUCAAUACUAUGGUUUUGUUUAAUGCUUGUGCUCGUCUGAAAACAUCAGAAGCAUUGGAAACUGUUAGACAAGUUUCAAAAGAGAUGCCCAAAUCGUUUCAUUCACAUUCGCAUUUGAUGAGUUCAUUAGUUGACGCGUUGAUUAGGUGCGAAGAUUGUUCAAGCGCCGAAAAUGUGUAUUCGACGAUGAAAAAAUCUGUUAUUAAUUAUGGAAAUCUGAUGAAUGGUUUUAACAAAGAAAAUAAUCCAUCGAAAACGUUAGAUUUAUUCAAUCAGAUGAAAGUUAAUCACAUAGAAGGAAAUGUGAUUAUUUAUUUUUGCCUCAUCAAAGCAUUGGCACAAAUAGGUGAUUAUUCCAUCUCUGAUGCAUUCAUCAAACAGAUUCCUCAAUCGUAUCUUUCGGAUAGUCAAAUUCGAAAUGCACUAAUUGACAUGUGGAGCAAAACCGGAGCAAUUGAUAAAGCAAAAGAAAUCUUCGAUAAAAUUUCUCACCCUGAUCAUAUUGCAUACACAACGAUGGUGAAUGCUCUUGGUUUGAAUGGAAUGGGUGUUCAAGCCAUUGAACUUUUUCGUCAGAUACCAGAGAACUUUCGCGAUGAAAUAGCUCAUAUUUGUGUCUUAAACGCAUGCUCACAUUCGGGACUUGUUGAGGAGGCUCAAACAAUAUUCGAACGUAUUCCAAACAAGACAGAAAGUAUUUAUGGAGUCAUGAUUGAUUGUUUCAGUCGGGCCUCCUUUUUCCAACGUGCACAGCAAUUGAUUGACGAAUACGAAUGUGCUCAUUCACCUGUCUUAACAAUGUACAUGGCAUUAUUGUCCGGUGCAAGAAAUGCAAACGAUAGUCAUUUAGCACAAGAUAUUUAUAAUCAUCCGGUGCUAAGAAAAAAGUCGGCCUUUCAUGGACUGCAGUUAAUUGACUAUUGUUUCAAUUUCGGGCUCAUGAUCGAUCUCAUCCGCGAUCGGCUGAAAUCUAUGCCGAAAUCAAGAAAAUAUCCGAUGAACUUAUUCAACAUGGUUUUCAAUAUGACUCAACUUGGAUUACCCGACCAUUGA